CCGCGAUAAAGUAACCCUGGUAGCUCCAUGGCUUGAUUUGGGAGCGAUUUGGGGCCAAAUCUACCACGGCACCCCCACCAUGCAAGUUCAGGCGCAGUAACCUGUGGUUCGAGGCGACCUGAAUACUCCUGUGGCAAAGCCCCCCUUCCCUCCAGGUUUCCUCUUGAGAAUUCUGCUUUGUAUCGUGCUUUCCUCCGUGAUCUAUAUAGUCUUACCUUCGCCCUGGUGCAACAGGCCCUCUCAGCUCUGUAGUGGCUUAAAUGUGAUAAACGAACAGGAAGACCGGCCACAAGCUUACAUCUCCGGCUCAUCUCAGCCAAAGUCUUGAUCACCAUGUCGCAACCUCCAAGCUAUGUCCUCCCUCGUGAUUAUCUCGACAAUGUCCGACUAAACCUGCACCACUACCUUUGUGUGGAGCUCUUUGGAUACCACACGCAUCCCGCCAUCCCGAUCAGCAACACCAAGCUGAGGGUUGCAGAUAUUGGCACAGGAACUGGGGUCUGGCUCACGGAUCUCGCCCGGCGACUCCCACCAUCGGUGCAGCUAGAUGGGUUCGACAUUUCGCUGGAGGCCCUUCCACCCAAAGAGUGGCUGCCAGCUAAUCUCCGCACUACCAUAUGGGAUGUCAAGACGGAAGUUCCCGACGAGCUAGUUGGUGUCUACGACAUAGUCCAUAUCAGUCAUUUCGUCUUUGUGCUCCUCGACGAAGAGGUCCAGCCUGUGCUUGAUAAGGUCAUGAGACUGCUCAAACCGGGCGGCUACCUCCAAUGGUCCGAAGUCGACAUGGGCUCGUUCCGAAUCGAGACCACCACCAGUCCCGCAACGACCACGGCCCUGGAGCGCCUCUUCCGCCUCUCCGAGGGCCAUGACCCCCGUCUUCGACCGCGCUGGGUGCCCCACCUCGGCUCGAAGCUCGCCGCAGCCGGCUAUCAGGCCAUCACCUCCGACGUCCGGGACGCGCCCGGCGAUCUAGCGCUCGCGCUGCACGACUGCAACCUGAUGAUCAACGCGAGUUUCGCGCGGCGGUUUGCGGUGACCGAGCCAGUCGCGCAGACCCUGGCGCAGCUGAUGCUCGAGGUCGAGCGGGAGACGCGGGAGGGAGCGUGCUGGGCUUUCACGAGGUAUACGGUUGUGGGGAGGAAACCGGGGGCUGCGGGACAGCGAUGCGCGAUAUAAAAGGAGCUUUGUGGAUAGCGUGGCUUUUGUUGUGUGGACUGGUAUCCAUCGUAUUGAAUCUGCGCCUGUGACUGGUUUUUGGCCCUGUUCAAUUGAGUUAACAAUGUUUCGAAUGUAAUCUUGAAGGAGGGAAGAAAGAAAGACAGCCUGUACGUGGCUCGCUGGGCUGACGACUAAGGAGUUCGGGGCCGGCAAUCUCGAAAGGUAGCAUCCCUCAUUCUCAUUCGCUGAGAAACAAGCCUCUGUUUUGUUCGGUCACGUGACAUGUUCCUGCUAUCAGGUAUCCCACGGUUUGAUGCCAUGCUGUCGUUUUUGAGUAGAGUUCAUGUUUUGCUAUGCUCUUGUGGCUGGUCUUUUAUUGCGGGUAGUAGAUUUUGCGUGUC